AAAAAAAAAAAAACUCAUGAAAAAAUCGCGGAUGCUAGCCCUUGUCCUAAUAUGACACGCAGAAAAAGUUAAUUGAUCACUGAUUGUCUGGAUGGCAGUCUUAAUCUGUACGUACUCCGAGAUGUAUAGAGGCUAACUCUUUGAUGAGAUUACUUGCUCAAUUCCGAAAUGGAGUUGCUUCACUCUCCUUCAAUCUCACCAUACUCCCCCAAACUACACUCCAGAAGUUCAAACAUCCGCAAAACUGGAUUAAAUUUCGGGUUUCUGCAGAAUUACUUUGCUGAAUUUGGAAAAAAGGCGAGACCUUCUUCAGUGCUCGCUGUUAAUGCGGCCAUUGAUGGCGGAGGUGAGUCCGACACUACGGCGGUGGUGGUGGAGAAGCCCCUACCGUACGAAUUACGUCGUCGUUUCGAGGUUUUCUCCGGGCAUCCGACACCGUUCGGCGCCACCGCUAGAGAGGGCGGGAUCAAUUUCGCUGUCUUUUCGAGCAAUGCCACGUCAGCAGCCCUCUACUUGAUCAGUCUCGCCGACUUACCUCAGAAAAAAGUGACGGAGCAGAUUCCUUUGGAUCCAUCUAUCAAUAAGACUGGAGAUGUCUGGCAUGUAUUUCUCAAGGGAGACUUUGAUAAUAUGCUCUAUGGUUACAGUUUUGAUGGGAAGUUUGCUCCUGAAGAAGGGCAUUACUUUGAUUCAACUAGGAUACUUUUGGAUCCUUAUGCUAAGGCCAUUGUAAGCAGAGCAGAAUUUGGUGCUUUGGGACCUGAGAAGGAUUGUUGGUCCCCAAUGGCCUGCAUGCUACCGUCCGCCGAUGAGUUUGACUGGGAAGGGGAUCUGCCAUUAAAGUUUCCUCAGAGAGAUCUUGUAAUUUAUGAAAUGCAUGUUCGUGGAUUUACAAAGCAUGAGUCAAGUGGAACGGAAUUUCCUGGUACAUACCGUGGUGUUGUGGAGAAACUGGAUCACUUGAAGGAACUGGGUGUCAACUGCAUAGAGCUAAUGCCAUGUCAUGAAUUCAAUGAACUGGAGUACUAUAGCUAUAAUCCUGUCUUGGGUGACUAUAAGGUAAACUUUUGGGGCUAUUCAACUGUCAAUUUCUUUUCUCCAAUGGGAAGGUAUUCAUCUGCUGGGAUGCACAAAUCUGGUCUUGGUGCCAUAGAUGAGUUCAAGUAUCUUGUUAGAGAGGCACAUAGAAGGGGAAUCGAGGUAAUCAUGGAUGUUGUUUUCAAUCACACAGCGGAAGGGAAUGAGAAUGGUCCCAUGUUCUCAUUUAGAGGUGUUGACAACAGUGUCUUUUAUAUGCUUGCACCCAAGGGAGAGUUCUAUAAUUAUUCCGGCUGUGGAAAUACCUUCAACUGUAACCAUCCUGUUGCACGCCAAUUUAUAUUGGAUUGCUUGAGGUAUUGGGUUAUAGAAAUGCAUGUUGAUGGCUUCCGCUUUGAUCUUGCUUCCAUCCUGACGAGAAGUAGCAGUCUCUGGGAUGCUGCUAAUGUUUAUGGAAAUUCAAUUGAAGGUGACAUGCUCACAACUGGAACUCCUCUCUCUAGCCCACCAUUAAUCGAUAUGAUUAGCAGCGAUCCAAUACUAACUGGAGUAAAGCUUAUAGCUGAAGCAUGGGAUUGUGGAGGCCUGUACCAAGUUGGUGCAUUUCCUCAUUGGGGUAUCUGGUCAGAGUGGAAUGGGAAGUACCGUGACAUAGUGCGACAGUUCAUAAAAGGUACAGAUGGGUUUUCAGGGGCUUUUGCUGAAUGCCUUUGUGGAAGCCCUAAUUUAUACCAGGAAGGAGGAAGGAAACCUUGGAACAGCGUAAACUUUGUGUGUGCCCAUGAUGGUUUCACUUUGGCUGAUCUGGUGACUUAUAAUGAUAAACACAACAUGGCAAAUGGGGAAGACAAUAAAGAUGGAGAGAAUCACAAUAAUAGUUGGAAUUGUGGCCAGGAGGGAGAGUUUGCAAGUAUCUCUGUGAAGAAAUUGAGGAAAAGGCAAAUGCGAAAUUUCUUCCUCUGUCUAAUGGUUUCCCAAGGUGUUCCAAUGAUCUAUAUGGGUGACGAGUAUGGCCAUACAAAAGGAGGAAACAACAACACAUAUUGCCAUGAUAAUUAUAUUAACUACUUCAGAUGGGAUAAGAAGGAUGAGUCCUCCACAGAUUUUUUCAGAUUUUGCUGCCAUAUGACCAAGUUCCGCCAUGAAGCUGAGUCACUUGGCUUGGAUGAUUUCCCAACAGCAGAGCGGCUGCAAUGGCAUGGUCAUGCUCCAGGGGUGCCGGAUUGGUCAGAAGGCAGUCGCUUUGUAGCAUUUACACUGGUUGACAAAGUGAAGGGAGAAAUAUACAUUGCCUUUAAUGCGAGCCACCUGCCCGUGACAGUUACGCUGCCGGAACGAGGUGGUUAUCGGUGGGAGCCGUUGGUGGACACCGGCAAGCAAGCUCCAUUUGAUUUUCUUGGUGAUGAUGUUCCGGAGAAGAAAACAGCACUGAAACAGUAUGCUCAUUUUCUCGAUGCCAACAUGUACCCCAUGCUUAGCUACUCUUCCAUAAUUCUGUUGCUAUGCCCAGAUGAAAUGAUAGAUAACUCCUAGAAGCCAGAGAUGAGAUAUCAUAUUUGACCUGGUAUACACUAUACGUUGAUGUACCGGGUGUAUAAAUAAAUAGGCGUCCAUAGUUAUUGGACUUGCCAUGAAAAGGAGUGUGUUUUAUCAUAUUGCAUUGUUGGCCCUUUUAUUUUA